UCCCAGAAUUGUAGCAAAAUGAUGUUAAAUCCGAUUGAAAUUAUUUGCUAUUACUUGGUGCAACCCAUUGUCGAUCUCUUGGCCUACUUGCUAAACGAUGUGCACUAUCUUGCAUUUCUGGCUGCAAUCUGUGUAAUUGGAGUAUUGUUGGGCCUCGUCAUGGGAAUCAUAACACUUAUCUGCUUCAAAUACCAGGGCGUAGAGGAGCCAAAACAGAAACUACAAAACGAGGAAGGAAUUGAAAUCCAAUCGAAUAAUAAUAAGCUGAAGUCUGAAUAGCUAUCAAAACUUGUUGAGUUGUCUAUAUAAUGAUGCAUAAGUGAAAAUUUUGAAAUCUUUUUUAAUGGCACAAGAACGAUACUACAUGUCGAGCAGAAACAAUAUGGUCCAACGAGCAAUUCUUAGAAAUAUAAAGUAUACCGACGGUUUAAGUGUUUCCUUUUAUUCAUUUAAGGAGUCAAUAUACCCUUUAAUAGUACGCUCAACAAUUUGCAGAAGUAAAUUAUAAAUUUGAAAAUAUAUAAAAAAAUAUAAAUAAUAUUUAUGAAGAAUAUAAUCAGGGAAUAAUACUGGAACCGGUACCGGAGCCGAUAACCAAACUAUAUAAUAUUGUUUCAAAUUAAAAAAAAACUAAAAUUCAAAACUUUAA